UAACGAGCAAAUUCUUGAGUCUAGUAUUCGAACGACGUGUAUUGGCUACGAUGCAUUUGCCAUCAGCCACUGGCGACCCCCUAGCUAUGUCGAGGAAGAGAUUGGGCCAACCCUUGAUGAACCGUUCAUACCGCUCCUUCACACCCAGAGAUUCAACAAAGGCAUUGAACAGAUAGUUGUGUUUUAUGUUAUCGCCAAGGCAUUUCAGCAGCCGCUGACGGCGCUUAUCGCGUACUUCGG